GUAGCGGAGCGGGUGAGGGGUUUUAGCUUUCUUAUUGCCGCCACCGCCAUCGUCAUCACCGUCGUCGCCUAAGAAGAAAGCGAAGAUAGUGGGAAAGUGAGAGACAAAGCAAACAAGCCACAAAAAAAAGAAAGAAAGAGAGAGAGAAAGAAAGAAAAGAGAAACAAAAAUUUAUUUUAUUACGUUACGAAUUCCACCAAAUGUCUUCCGGAAUAAAUUGUCGUGAAAUUUUCGUGUUUUUGGAUAUUUUGAUUUGGAAUCAAACAAAGCGGAGAAAUCGACAAAACAAUAAUGAUAAUAAUAACAACAGCAACAACAACAACAACAACAAUAAUAACAGCAUUACAAGUAACAUCAGCGGCGAUACAACAACACCAACAGCAGCCACAACCACCACCACGACUGCAAGUACUACCACCAUCAAUCGACAACCCAACAAACAAAAUUAUUUGAAUACAUCAGUGAGUGGUGGUACAACGGCCACAGCCACAGCCGCAGCGACAGCCACAGCAACAGCUACAGCUACAGCUGAGGCCGCAGUGAAAGUGAUCAAGUGCAAAAAUACGACACACAAUCAAAACAAUAAAAUAACUAUUACAACAUACAAUAACGACAAAAACAACUACAACAACAACAACAAUAACAGAAUUACAAAAAGUAACGAACCAAGCAAUAAUACUAAUACAACACAACUAAAUCACCAACAUCAUCAACUGCAGCAGCAUCAGCAACAGCACUUUGAUUUAAUGAAAAAUCAAAUUGAAAUCCUCCAAAAGUUCAGCUGAAACUUUCUAAAUCUCCGGAACUAAAACAUAAACCAACCACCCAACAGCCACAACAACAAUUACAGUCAUACGAAAGAAAGAAAGAAAGCACUCCUAUGAUUCUUUCACAUUUUAUUUUGUUUUGUAGUUUUCUCUUUUAAUAGUUUUGUGCAAAAAAAAGUCUCUCUUCUGCGAGCAAGUGAUACAACAAAGCAGCGAUUGUCUUCGUCACGGGCGACAAUUGCUUGCGUUCAUCGAUUGUUUGGUUUUGUUGUUACAUUCUCUACUCAACUCUCCUCUCCUCUCAGCCUCAUGUUUCUGUUAAAUAAUUACUAAAAAAAAAUUAUCACAUAAUAAGGAAGAAGAGGAAAGCGAAAUAAUCUACAAAAGGCUUUAAAUUUAGAAAAUUAUUAAAGGAGUAUCUAGUAAGAAAUUUAAAUUUAAAAAUAAAUCAGAACAAGUGUCUUAAUUACAA